AUGUCAAACUCUUUACUAUGGUUUACCGGUGUGAUCGGUUACGUGAUACAGACUAAAUGUAUAUCGACUAUACAGUCGAGGCAAGUUGUUGCUACGAGCGCGUCGGAACAGGAUGCAGCAGGCGUGGAUACAGGUAACACUUCAAGCGGUACGUAUAUACUCACGCUGUACCUGACAUUCAUAUAUUUCGCAUCAUGGACUUUCUUGAUGCCUAUAGCUAAAAUGUGGAAAGAGUUCAAACAGAGUACCGAGCCUGAUCAGGCAGACCUGGUGCCCAUUGUCGAAGGGGACGAGGAUCCUGAACACAGAAACACGAAUAGAAUGCUGUUGCAAUACUACCAACGCCAGGCUAACAAGAACAACCAAAUAGUGUCGUGGAGAAACUUCACCUAUUUUUUGAAGCUGAUAGUAUUGACCGCUUUACUGAUCAUAGCUCUGGUCACUUAUAACUUGGCCCUGUCCAUGUCACCAGCUUUUGACGUGGCUCUGAUCCAAAACACUUCGAUCUUUGAAAUAGUUACUUUGUUGUAUGGUGUCUGCGGUUUGGCAAGGAGACAAAACGUCUUCAGAAACUUCAUUAUCAUGCUUACUGCUCUGAUUGGUAUUCUGAUCAUAUCAUACACCAAAGCCACCUGCGAUAUGCUAUCUGGUAAAUUAUCUAUUAACAAAGAUACAGGCGAACUAUCUGAUCCUUUCUUAUUUGACAGAUUAAAGAGUUCCUUGCUAUGUGGUCUGGGUGCUUUGACUAUUGGUCCAUUCGCAGUGCUUUGGAACCGUUGGUUUGGUGGCCGCUCUCGCAGCUCGAGUGUGCUCACAAAAACUUUGCCACAAUCUUCUGUUUCACAUUCGCUGUUGGAACACAUCAAGGCCAGAAAUGCUGUCAACAGUUUUGUCAAACAAUGUACUCAUCUAUCUUUCAUUGGUUUGGUCGGUAUGAUUGUCUUAUUUCCAUUCCUGCCUGCCAUUCCAACGUCAAGCGAAACUGUAUCUUUUCUUUACAGCGAUAGAACAUUCUGGCUAUCAGCUAUGGUUGGUAUUGUAUUUGGUGUAAUCCCAUGCUUAUUAUCCCUAUUAUUGUUGAAUAGAAAUGCCUCUCCUGAGUACUUGACCACAUGCAACUUGGGUGCAAUUAUCUUUAUGGGUAUUAGCGACUGGAUUAGUGAACCAACUCAAACAACCAUCAUAAGAUGGGAAGUGAUCGGAUACAUUAUUUUGACCAUUUGCUGUUUAAUCCUGAGCUUUACAUUUAAUGAGAAAAAAAUGCAGCAUUAA